AUGGUUUCCACUGACUCAAAGUUCAUUGACACAGUUUUCUGCAGGUUUUCUGUGCAGGAAUAUGGUAAAUUCCGCAUUAUGCCUAUUAAUGAAGCUGCCAUUUCACUUGCUGAGAGUGGAAAAAUUGGAGCGCUAAACUUGCUCUUCAAGCGUCAUCCAUAUUCUUUGUCUCCAUUUAUGUUGGAAAUUUUAGCUGCCAUUCCAGAAACAGUUCCUGUACCAAUGUAUGGGCAGCUUCUUCCGGGGAGGUCUCCUCCAUCUGGUUUUGCUGUAAGGCAAGAUGAUUGGGUUGAAUGUGAGAAGAUGGUCCAUUUCAUCAAUGCAUCAGUUAAAAACCGUGACAUUCUAAUAAAAGUCAAAACUGAACCUCUGGUUAAGCAUCUCCUUGGAUUUCGUUGGCCAACAAUUGAUGAACUCUCUUCCUGGUAUACAAAUAGGGCUAGAGCGAUGGAUUAUUUUAGUGGGCAGCUGGAUAAUUGCCUCAGCCUGCUUGAGUUUGCUCUGCGCAAAGGCCUAUCUGAGUUACAGCAGUUCCAUCAGGAUGUCUUAUACUUGAGUCAAAUUAUUUAUACCAAUGAUGAUGAUAGUGAAAUGAGCUUCAACAUGAAUCUUGCCAUGUGGGGAGAAUUGUCAGACUAUGAAAAAUUUAAAUUUAUGCUUAAGGGAGUGAAAAAGGAAAAUGUGACUGAAAGGUUACACAAUAGAGCCAUUCCUUUUAUGUGUGAAAAGUUUCGCAAGGCAUCUCUAACCGGAGAUGUCACUCUUUCUGAUAAUACAAAUCAAAAUAUAGAUGAAUCAUUUUUAGUCAGAUGGUUGAAGGAAACUUCUGGGGAGAAUAAAUUGGACAUAUGCUUGGUGGUAAUUGAAGAAGGGUGCAGAAACUUCCAAAGUAAUGACUAUUUUAAAAGUGAGGUUGAAGCUGUUGAUUGUGCUUUGCAAUGCAUAUACUUGUCGACAGUUACAGAUAGGUGGAGUAUUAUGGCUGCUAUACUAUCUAAACUUCCUCAACUACAUGGUGAGUUUGGCUUUAUGUCUAUUCUAAUUUCUUAA